CCCUUCCCCGCGUGCACGCCUUCUCCCCCGCAAGCCCCGCAUGCCCACGGUACCAGGCACGGGACGGGCAGCUACGGCCACGCUGACUCUGCUCCUACUACUGUGCACCUUGGGCGCGUAUGGUUCAAGCUCCCCGCCUGCAGACACCGCAUGCACCCUCCUCAACCGCAUUGCCUAUGAUGCUCCGCUUGCCCCCGACUCGCUCUCCGGUCCUGUCCUCUCCUCGGUGGCAGACUUCAUCUCCGCCGCCGCAGGCACCACCCCCUGCUCGGCCCUACCGACCCUCCCGCUGACCGCCACAUCGACGGCGCUGGCCCUCAAUCCUACCUCGGCCUUCUUCGCCGACAUGGACGGCGCACUGGGUCCUGUUGCCGUCGCCUCGGGCUCGCUCACCGUCUCGGUCUCGCUCACCGUCCCGCCGACUGCCGCUGACGCACUUGCUGUUGCUGUCCACAUCGAUAUGGCCUUUGUGCUUGCCUCGACCGCGGCGCCCUCGCCGGCAUACCCAAACAUCGACAUGGUGGGCUCGUUCUCGCUCCUCCUCCCGCACAUCGAGUACUCGGCUGCAGGCAUCGCCUCGCUCCCGCCGCUCCUGCCCUGGUCCGGCUCGAUUUCUGCCUCCUCGCCUGAUGCCGGUGUCUACGUCCACGACUCGGCCGCCUUUGACGGCCUCCCUGCUCUUGUCCUCUUCAAUACUUACCAAGACCCUGUUGUUCUCGACGCAGUUCACGCCCUCGCAGCCCAGCUCCGCGCCCCGCUCACCGACGUCAACGUCCGCAUGACCGGUGCCGCCGCCACCCUCGCCGACUCGUCACUCACCGCCCGUGGCCUGUUCAUCGACGCCGACUCGGACCUCUUCCAUGACGCGCAGCUGCGGUACGGCGAGCGCGCCUAUGGUGAGCGCGGUCUCUACGUCUUUGCCGAGGCUGCCUGCGCCGGCCUCGCCUGCGACUCGCCGCUCCAGCGGCUCGUCGCCUCCAACCUCGCCGCCACGGCCCUCUUCCCACACUGCUCGCCAGCUGUUCUCAACAACGAUGCCGUUGUGUCGUCCUCCGUUGCCUCGAUGUGGAUCGCCUACAAUGCCUCGACGGGCCUCGCCUCGGUCGUCCCGCUCUCCGGCACUGCCCACACAAUGGUCUCGCUCUCCUGCCCGACCAACGACACCGUCGUCACCCUCGCCGUCUCGGCGACCACAACUCCGAACGCGCUUGCCCUCCCCGAUCUCAUUGUCGCCCAUGACAUCGUCGCCGUCUACGCCACUCUUAACGCGCACCCGCCAACCCUCCGCGGAUUUCUCACCGGCAUCAUCUGGCCUUCCACCGGUGGCCAGCCUCACGCCCUGCCGGUCGUCAAUGUCUUUACUCCGGCUCGCGCUUGCUUCCUUCCUGCCCCGACGACGACCACACCCUCUCUUACAGCCUCAGUCACCUCGCUCUUUGCUUCGCUCAGCGCCGCGGCCUCGUCCUCGCCCCGCACCCCGCCGCGUCUCUUUGACGCCGCCAUCGACGCACUCUUUCCCGCCUCCGGCCCGGCACUCGACGCUCUCCUGGCUAGUUACGAGGCUCGUAGCCUGCCGGCUGAGCGAUCGCUCCUUGACUUUAUCUCAUGGUACGCCGCCGCGAAGGUCCCGCUCCUUGUCCCGCCGCCCUACGCGAUGGCCCUCAAUGUCUCGUUUGACCCCUCUGGCACUACAUUUGCUCUCUCAGCGCUCCUCACACUCGACGAUGCCGCCAUCACCACGCUGCCAAAGCUGACAGCCGUCCUCGACGCCGCCCUCGACGCCGCAGCCUCGGCCCUCAACAGUGCCAUCUCCUCGCUUGCUGCCGCCCUCGAGAACAUGGUCCCAGGCUCGACCUCGGGCCUCAGUAUCCCUACCCUCGACGCCUCGCUUGCGGGCUACAUGGCCUCGGCCUCAGCCACGGGCGCUAUCUCGCUCUCGACCAUCGUUUCGCUCGAGCCGGCGCUCAACGUGGGUCCUGUCGCUAUCGAUGGCUCACUCGCUCUCACCCUCGAGCUGGCCAGCCUCGACACCGGCGACGCGAACACCCUAUUCCCGGCCCUCACGCUGCACGUCGGCCUCGCCGCGCCACCAUCGCUGACUGCGUCGGCGGCGCCGCUGGUGCCGACGGUCUCGCUCCCCCUGGCGAACUUUGCAAGCUCGGCAGCGGCGGCGCUCGGCGCUCCGCGCGGCGCGCUUUCGCUCGCCUCGCCAUUGCUCGCCCACCUCGACACGCUGGUGACCUCGCCGCGGUCGACCUUUGGCCCGCUUCUCUCGUCCGCCGCAGCUUCGCUGGCCUCAGCUUCACCCUGGAUUUUCCACGGCCUUGAUCCGCUGCCGUACUCACCGGCCUCGCUCUCGGACACCCUGGACAUCGCCACUCUCCUCACAGAGGUGCUUGCCAACAUCCUUCCCGACGCACCGACCUCCUCGCUCGAUCUUGCCGCGCUCCUCACACGCACCGCCGCACUCACCAUCAACUCGGAUAGCUCGACGCUCACGACAUCGUUUGGCCUCUCGCUCACACCCGAGCCGACUCUGGAGCUCCUCCUUGUGGCCUCGUCGCGACUGCAGCCUCACCUGCGCUCUAACAUGGCACCGUGGUUCCCGGUCUUUGGCUCGGCCUCGCUCGGCCCGAUGCCCAUCACAGCAAACCUGCGCCUAGCGGCCACCUUGGCUCCCAGUACCGGCGCCACCAUCACCGACCUGGACUUUGCCGCAGCGCUCAACGUCUCGCGCUUUGUGGUCCCGGUCACCAUCGGCAUGCAGCCGGCACUCACCCUCGACGGCAGCUUCCACCUCUCGGUCACACAUUCGCUCGGAGCACCGAACCCGCUCGCGGCUGCGCUCACCCUUGAUCUCACUUGCUCCACCCAGUCGUUCCUUGGCGGCGCGCUGGCGCCGCAGACCUAUGCCCUGCAUCUCAGCACGCCGAACCUCUUCCACAAUCCGGAGAUCCUGCCAUCGCCACUGGUCUUCUCAGUCACUUCGUUGACCUCACCAGCCGCCGGCGCAGCUGCUGUCCCACUCGACCUUGUGCCGUCGCGCGCGCUCAACGCGCUCAUUUCAACCGUCUUUCGCCUCGGCUCCUCGCUCUUUGCCGACGGCGGUACGCUCGACCUCGAGCUUGCGCCGCUCGGGACCUCGGUAGGUGCGCUCUCCACUCCGUCGCGAAUGGAGCAGUUGGCCCUGGCGCGAAUGGCCCGCCCAGGCGACGCCACAGACACCGCCACAAUUCUGGCCGCGCUCCCCUCGCCCGCGCUCGCCACUCCGCCGUCCGUCUUCAACCAGACCCUCGAGAUCUCGCUCAACAACAUCCCGGCACUCGCCACUGUCUGUACCAUUGCCGGGCAGCUGACGGCACCGGCUGACUGGCCGCACCUCCUUAACGCUGCGCUCACCGGACCCGAGUGCGGCGCCUUUGCCCGCGUCCUCGUCUUUGGCCUCGACACCGACGACGAUGACGCCGACCCGCUGUCGACCACCAUCUCCGCACCGUCAGCACUCACUAUUCGCGCCCGGCUGCCGGGCCUGGUGCGGUCGCUGCGCAUUGCGGUGGUCGCCAAUCCCCUGGGCCUCGCCGAUGGGCCGUUCCCGCUCGCCACUCCGUUUGAGGUCACUGUUGGCUCGACCGCCAUUGUCCCGCAGUUCUCGUCGUUCAUCGACCUCUCGGUCCUUGCGGCGUCGGUCCUUCUCCGCCCUUGGACCGCGUACUACCCGCCCACGCUAGAUGCGUACAUGUUCUCGCUCGACGCUGUGUUUGAGUACGAGAUUGAUCCGCCAAUUGCCAUGCAGACCUCGUUUGCGACGCUCGGCAACGCCAUCUCACUCUCGUCGCCGCUCCCCGGCAAGCUCGCCGGCGGAGCCAAGGUUGCGAUCUCUGGCGGAUUUGGCGCUGUCCUCGGCGCGCCGCCAUCCGGCUCGGGCGCUGCGCUCCUCAUCACCAACUUUGGCUCUGAAGCCGAGCCGCGCCCGCUCAACGAGGCGCUCGUCGUUGCGCCGAACAACACUGCCACCCUCACUUUGGGCUACAACGUCCACGCCAAGGGCGGACCCGGCGGCGCGGCGCCGCCAGUCUACCAGGAGGCGCUGCUGGCCAUCACUCUUCCGCCGGGCGAGUACUUUAACGCCACCAUCUACGCAGCAGUCGCUGCCGCGGCCUCGGCCGCGCUCCCGGCGCCAGAAAUGAUCUCGGCGGUGCCGUAUACCUCGCUCUCUGCGCGGCUGUACAACGCGUCGUCGGCGCUGUCGUCGACCACUGGUGUCGUCGCCGCCGACUCGGCGUUCCAGGUCAAGCUCACGGCGUCGCCGGUGGAGGACAGUGCCAACUCGCUCCUCUACGUCCCAAUCUCGUUCAAGGUCACUGCGUCGACCAUCCCGGCGCUCGCCGAGGGCACAGGCGUGCCGGCGUCGCAAGUCCGCAUGGUGGCACAAUCGCUCGCGCUCGGCCUCACCGCCAACCUCACCGCCGAGCUCCUCGACCUCACCGGGCGUGUGGGCAUCACGUCGUUCACCACCGGCUCGACAUCAGCCUUUGUCAAUCUGCAUCUCGGCGCCGGCCCGGCGCCUGGCACACCGGCGUUCACGCCGGUCGCCUCGCUCGUCGAUGCCGUCAUGGACACCUCAAAGCUUUUUGGCACCUUUGCGCUGACCCUCGACGUCGAUGCCGGACUCGACGUCACACACGUCGCCCUUCAGGUCCUCACCCUUUCAUUCCCGGACCUGCCGAAUUUGCACCUGCGCAUGAGCGUUGACGCCGGCCUCAUUCUGUCUGAUCCAGAACUUGCGGCGCUCAGCUACGAUUGGACGGCAAGCUGGACCGGUGGCUUUGACGCCCUCGCUGCAUACAACGCUCUGACGACCGGAUCGCUAUCCGCCUGCGAUGUCAUGGACACACUCGUCUACGCCUCGGCCGUAGUCUUUGACUCGCCCAUUGCCAAUGCUCGGCUACCCGGCACAGACUUUAAGCUCGCCAAGCUCGGCGCUGACUCGGUGGUGGCGAAGCUGGAUGCCCUGCGGCUGGCAGUCUGCACUCGAAGCCUCGAAGAGCCGCUAACGCUCACAGUUCUCUGCUCACUCGCCGACAUGAUCCUGGCCGAGCUGCCGUCGCAGAACGGCGCCGCGUUUACCGUCUGUGCCCACGGCGCCUUUACUGACACCGCCACUAUUUCGCUGACGCUUAUGCGGCGACCUUUUGCCGCCAAUGUAACCACCUCUGCGCGGCUCGAUCUGGAUCAACUGCUCGGCGCGUCGUCAAGCCUCCCGGUUGGAGUAGGCGCGUCUGCGGAUCUUGUUGCCACCGCCACCGUCGAGUACCAGCUCGUUGUUUCGCUCAAUCUGGCAACUGCGGCGGUGUCUGUUGAGCCAGGAAGCUCGUACAUCCGCACAGCCGCCGGCGUCGACUUUGACGGCGAGCUGACGCUCAGCUUUGGCGCGCUGGCGCUCCGGCUCGGCGAAGUCCACAUUGACGUGACUGACGCGGCGCUGGCCGCCGUCGCUGCGCCGCCGGACGCCGCCUCGGGCUUCCUCCCCAGGUUUGACCUCAGCCUUACCGGCUCGGCCAGUCUCAACGCACUCCUCUCCAUCAACGAGAACGUGGUGUGCUCUCUGGCGGUGGCGGUUCCGGAUCUGGCGGCCUUCCUCGACAGGCGCGCAUCGGCGUCGGUUGUCGAGGCCGGUAUCAACUGCGGCUCGGGCGUUGUUGACGCCAUUGUCGACGCGCUUGGGGAGCUCAGCAUCCAGGCCUUCUUUACCAAGGACGUCAUGGCGCUGCUCAACGCAUGGAUUGACGGCGUCGGUGAGUUCCUCACCCGCGUCGAGAUCUUCCUCGGCAAGGCCAAUCUCGACGUCGGCUUCCUCGGCCCGGGCUUUGCAGACGCCGCCGUGGCACGACUCCGCGAGCGACUGAUGGCGCCGGUCACGCUGCGCAAGCUGGUGGCCACGAUCAACGACGUGGUCACCGAUCUGCGCCACGACCGCGCCCGGCUCCUCCCGCCGUUUGCCAUCCCGCGCUUCGUGUGGGAGCAGGUUCUCGCCGCGUUCUGCGACGUUCUCGAGGACCUUCUGGUUUCGUGUCCGAGUCUGCCACCCGGCGAGCUCACCGACAACCUGCAUCUUCCGUUUGUGCUUGGUGACGCCGAGCUCAUUGCCUUUGACGAGCUGAAGUUCCGGCUUGGCGCCCGCGGGCUGGCCGAGCUCGAGAUCGACUGCAAUCUGGAUCUUGCGCUCGACUGGCAGCUGGCCUUUGGCCUCGCGUACUCACGUGACCGAGGCCUGCGGCUUGACUUUGAGACUGCGCCCGAGGUGGCCUCGUUCUCCGCGGCAGUGGUCUUCAAUCCGGGCUGUUCGCUUGCCGGCCAACUGGCGGUGGCCGGCUUCGAGAUGUCACCACAACCCGGCUCGUCGGGCCUCUCGCUCGAGCUGAGCGUGGCGCCGGCUUUCCGCAGCGCGACGCUCUCGCUUGGUGCGACGCUCGGCGGCCCGGCGACACUCGGCCUAGGUGGCUUGCUCAACAGGCUCAUCGAGAACGCCGAGCUGGAGAGUCCCGGCUCGGGUGCGCUGCUCAAGCUCGCGCCUCAUGUCGAAUGGGACCUCGCGCUCGGUUGGUCGCUGACCGCAAGCGUCGGCGAUGGCAGCUCGUUCGUUGCUGCACCACCGACGUUUGAGCUGAGCAACGGGAAGCUCUGCAUGGGCUCUUUCCUCACCGAUCUUGUCGGCGGCGUGCUUCGGCAGGCCGACGACGUGCUGACCCCGCUCGAGCCGUUUAUCGGUCCCGACGGGUACCUCGUUCGCGAGAUCAAGUACACCGACAUCAUUUUCGGCCGCCGGCUCUCUGCGCUUGAGAUGGCCGUUGAGCUCUGCGGCAUCUACGACUGCUCUGCCGACGGGGUGCUCGAGGCUGUUGAGAAGUUCAUCAACAUUGUCGACAUUGCGGUCCGCCUCAAGUCACUGGCUUCAGCCAACACCGGCGGGCCGUGCGACCUGCACAUGUCGCUUCAGGAUCUCGAGGUCAUGCUCGAGGCGGCGACGACACCGUUUGCCGGCGACGCACCGCCGUUUGCCCACCUGCCGUCCUUCCGCCACGGCGCAGACCUCAUGCUGGCGGCCGACAGCAAUGCGCUGCAUCCAGGUGAUCUGGUGACCAUUGCCAAGUCACCGCUUCCGGAUCCGGAGGUCAUUUCGGCGGUCACCGAUCCGUUUGUCAACCAGGAGUUCAACGAGCUGCUGGAACUCAUGGGCGGCUCGGCGAACCAGCCAGCCGACGACUCGCCAUCAGGGUUUCGGCUGUAUCUCCUCCACGGCUCGAUUGCCAACAACGUGAUCAAGAUCUUCUUUGGUCUCGACACGCCAAUUGUGGGAUACUAUGUGGCACCUGCACGGUUUGCGCUGGCGCCGACCUGGUCGUGGGUGGUGUGGCCGGUGCCAAUUGUGACUGUGGACAUUGCGAUUCCUAUGUCGGUGACGGUGUACGUCGGCGACUUGGCCGUCAUGUCGUCGGCAGUUGUCGACGCGGUAGCGCAGAAGAACGUCGGGCUCAUCGCUCGCGGCGUGGCCAUCAAAACCAUCAACGACAACGGAUCGAAGCGAUGGCAGCUGCAGGCGUCGGUCGGCAUUGCCGGCGGUGCAACGGUCAACCUGCUGGUGGUCAAGGGUUCGGCGGCGGUAGGCAUCCAGCUGGUGGGCAAGCUCCGGUUUGUGUCGAUCAACGGUCAGCCGUGGCUCACUGUCGACGAGCUGGCGUGGAUGGUCAAGGCGUACGGAGUGUGGGACGCGCUCGAGAAGGAGCUCUCGCUGGAGCUGUUUGUGACGGCCAAAAUCAAGGUCUUUGCGCUCUUUGGCUACAAGACCGUGGCCAAGUGGUCGCACACCUGGUCGUGGCCGCUGGUUACGGCAGCCCCGCUCCCACUCCCACCGGCGGCCUCGCCGACAGGCGCCCUCAACAUGGGCCUUCUCUCUGGUGCCAACGAUUUGGCUCCGGACCUGGCUAGCGACAUGUCGCUUGAAGCCCUGCCCAAGUUUGCAGUUUAUGAGGCUCUGAGCGAUUCCGGCAUCCAGCUGGUCACCUCGUUCAAGCCGGCGAACCAUCUUGCCGGCGCCUCGCUGCUGACGCGGGCGGUGCCGAUCAACUCGGUAGAGACGAUUGGGACGUACGGUCCUCCAUCGGGCUCGGCCUUUGUCUUUGACCUUGGCUUUACCAACAAGCUGGUCUCGCUGCCGUCGGCGAGCGGAAUGACGGUGCGACUGCCACUGGCGCCGUACGCAAGUCUUCUGGCGACGACGUCGUCCACGAGCGGCAACGUGGCGACACUGUCGACUGCGCGAACGGUGGUGCUGUCAGCGAACCGGCUUGCGGCCGGCGCGGCGUCGGGCGCUACCUUUGGCACCUGCGGCGCCGUGGUCAUUGACCAGCCGCUGGCGGCACUCAUCUACGACGUGAGCGGGCUGCCGUGUGCGACGACGCUCGAGGCCGGCGCUGGCGGGCGAGUGCGGCUUUCGGGCUCGCUGGCCAGCUUUGGCCAUCCGCUGGUGAUGACCGGCUCGCCGAUGGAGCUCUCGAUUGCACUGACCGGCGCACAUACGCUGGCUGUGAGUGAGCAGUCGGUGAGUGGGCUUGGCGCCCUCGCCCUCAGCUACCCCGCCAGCUUGUUCAACCUCACCAUUUCCGGCGUCGACACGUCACAGGAGAGCACGUUUACGCUCAGCGACUCUCCUCCGGCGCGGUUCACCACCUUUAAUGGCGCGCCUGUCGACACACGGCUUGUUCUGCCUGCGUUCGAGGCUGUGCAUGGACACGUGGCGUUCCGCGGCGCGCCGGCGGUGACCAACACGUUGCAUGUGGGCGUGGCGGCAGCGGCCGGCGAGGUGACCAAACUCGCGUCGUCGACAAGCUCGCUGGUCCUCACCGACGGCGGCGGCAACCACUCGGUCUCGCAUGUCAACGUGCACACGUUGGCGCUCGACGUGACCGCGUCGGGCGGGGCAGUGUUCGAGUCAACGGUGAUGUCGCCUGCCGACGGGGCACGAGUCGAGGUCACGCUCGCCGGCGAUGCGUCGACCGAGAUGUCGACGACGGUGACCGGAUGCUCUGGCUCGUCGCAGCACGUGGUACGGAUGCAGGGCGGCGGCAACAUGACGACGGUGCUCCGAGAUGUGUCCAGCUUUGGCUGCACGGUGUACGUGUAUGGGUCGCUAGCGGCCGACCAGCGUGACACGCUGGUGCUUGACGAUCUGACGGCAGCAGGCCCACGGACCCAUGUGGUCAUCAACCGGGGCGGCAUUGUGCUGUACGACCCGUUGCGGGCGUUCCAGCCGGUCAACGUGUUCUUUGAGGCCAUCGAGCGGCUGGAGCUGGACUUUAGCACUGCUGGUGCAUCGACGGCGUACCACGUCGAAUUUGCAGCCGGUACACUUGGCACGUCAGUGGUGAUCAGGCUACCGCCGGUGCCUCGGCCUGCUGUCGGCCCGCCGGUCAACUUUGUGCAGAUUGUGGCCAACUCGGAUCCUGUUCUUGUGACGGGCACGUUUGAUCUGCGGAUCGGAGUCGAUGUUAGCGGAUCGACGUCACCGCUGCUGCAGACGUCUGCGCCGCUGAGCGGCAUUACCGCUCCGAUUCUGGUGGCGCCGGCCAACACCGAGCCGCUACUCCCGAUGCGAGUGACGGCGGCGGCAGGCGUGAACGCACCGGCGCAGCGGCUGUUGCUGGACAACGGAUGCUUCUCGAGCUUUGGGCUCGCCGACGCGUACGCAGCCGACCCCGAACCACUCAUCCAGACUUCUGUGCCCAGUGCGUGGGUGUGCGAGGCUGCGCGGAGCGCGCUUCCCGGUGCGCCGUCGUUUGACGACUGCAGCACAGCGCGAUGCGCUGUGAAUGUGGCGCCGACAGCGCAAGUUGCGUUUGAGGUGUCUACUGGCGACGCACACGAUGUGGUGGUCGGCCGCAGCCUGCAAACCAUCAGCCUCACGCUCGACACCGGCGGUGGCAACGACCGGGUCUCGUGGAGCGAUGCCGCGUCACCGAGCGCCACGCUCACAGCGGCUCUCGGCGCGGGCGCCGACUCGGUGUGCGUGAUGAACGCGGCUGGCGCUUCGGCUGUUGAUCUCGGCGAGGACGGCGAGGGCGACACACUGCUGGUGUGUUACGACGUGGACGGCUCACUCGCACCGCCAUCGAUGGUCGAACCCGGGUCCUUUGCCCCGAUGUCGACCAAUCCGCUUGCUGCGUCGUCGCUGGCGGUGUUGCGGCUGACAGCUGUUGACACAGCGCAUGUGUCAGGCCGGCCAGUCCAGUGCCGCGGCUCGCUUGACGCGCCGCUGGACGUGUCAAGUCCUGUGGGCCCUCCGGCACUCCCUGCGCCUGGCUCGGAGACGCCGCUGCUCCCGAUUUCAGAGGCUGGGUGCGCAUACAAGAGUGUGCUCAACAUGACUGGACUGGAUGGCGUGCGGCUUUGGUACGAGGGCACUCCUGAGCAGUGCGUGCGGGUUGUGGGCGGCGGGCAGAAUGGCGAGGUUACGCUGCAGAUGCAGACAGCGUCCAACUAUGCGGUCGAGUUUGCGCUGCCGAGCUACACAGCAGCCGCGUUUACCGGCGUUGUCCACGGCUAUCCGGAGCGGUCGGAUGGAGUAGUGACCGUCACCAUUCCAGCGGGUGACAUGCACUUUGCGACGGCGCUCCCACCCGAGGCCAAAAUCCAGCGCUUUGCUGACAACACCGAAGCGGGCAGCAUCAGCUUUGGUCUCUUUACAGCGACACUCUACCAACCGAGCGGGCUGGUGCUGAACGCAGUCGGCGCAACGCCUGUGGACGACAUUCCGCUCACACAUGCGUCAGGGCUUGAAGUGACGGUGACCGGGGCGCCGAACGGGGCCGAGCUGUUUGUACACGGCGCCGACGCGCGGACCUCGGUCCGGUUCCCUGGUGCGGCGUCGGAUGGUAGUGCGCUGCAGUACAGUGGGCCGGUGGUUGUGGUAACGAAUGCAAGCGUGGCAAUUUCCGGCGACGUGACGGCAGCCGAGACGACGACGUUUGUGGCGGUUGGGAGCCAGACGCGGAUGGCAUCAUUCCCGAUGAGCCACAUGAGUGCCGAGCCCGCGCUCGAGUUUUGGCACGGAUGCCUGCGCCCGCGGAGCGGAGCGGGCGCGCGUGCCGCAUCGAGCUGGAUGCUGCGUCUUGUGGACGCGCUUCCAGGGGCGCUCACAUCGGCGCAGCUCAUGAACUGCCUCCCGGGUCCGCUGCUGAUGUCCGAGGCCGACGUUGUCCGUCUUGUUGCAGGCAACGUGUCUGUGGCAUCGAUGGGCUCGGGUCACACGGUGCGGUCGCUGGUGCUGGAUGCACGGGCAAUGGCCGUCGCCGAGGUCGAGGUGGAGCCGCUGGGCGGACGGGACAACCGUCCUGGCUGGUGGAGCGGGGUGCGGAUGAGCACGAUUGUCGAGGCCGAAGGUGUUAUGAUGUUUGAGACUAACGCUGGGUACUCGUUUGCGCUGCAGGUAGUGACGAGCCCUGGCACGGCCACAACCAUCCGCGGCGGCUCGCCGCUGUUCGUCAGCGGGUCGCACGUCCAGCUCAACACGUCAUCGUCUGCGGCGUUUGCUGGAGAGUACGCGUUUGGUGAAGCGUGGCCAGAGAUCGCGGCGCCCAAAAGGCUGCGGGGCUCGGUCCAGCUGACGACAGCAAGUGGGAGCAGCCUUGUGUUGGCUUCGGGUGCAAGCAUUGACGGAGCCGGUAUGCCCGGGCUGGAUGUCCGAGGAAAUGGAGAGGUCUCAACUCUGGAGGCACGCGUUCGGUUUGUGGUUGAUGUCGACGAGGGCGAGGCCCCGUACGCGGUUGUCAACCGCGAGGUGACUCUUACAGCAGACACGAUGCGGAUUGGAGCCCGGGGCACAGAUGCUGGACCGCCUACGGUGGAAAUUGUACUUCGCGAUGGCAUGCUCCCUCGCAAGCGGUACGUGCGCGAGGUGGUGUUUGAGGACGCAAGUCUCAACUGGGUUGUAGUAGGCCCGGAACACGCGCUUCCCGUCAGGAACGAGCUUCCGACAAUCCGUGUGCUGGGAGAGCGGAGCGGGCUUGUGCUUGCGCCUUCUGUCGGGGCCGAGGCUGCAGGCGUUCUGCUUGCGCCGGCGGGACGCGAGCUCCGACUGGACGUCGCGGCGGGAGCGAUUGGAACCGGCGGCGGCGGAAGCGAUCGUGUGGACGGAGCGACGAUGCCGUGUUUUGAGCCUGCAACGACGUGCACAGCACAUGCGAUGGCGACGUGGGCGGUGGCACAGUCUGCAUGCUACAGCUCCGACACGGUCCAGGCCUGCCAGGCCUCUGCGGCGGUAGUUGUUGAGACGAGCGCGCCGCUGCACUGCCGGUCACCCGCGGCCGGUUGGAUGGUUUCUGUUGACGGACGAGGCGGCCAGUACGCGGGCGUUAUUAGCGGCGACAGCACCACUGGGGCGCCGCGGUUAGGAUAUGACCCGCCGUCGCGAUGGCCGCUGGGCUACCUGGUUGUGGCCCUGUCGUAUGUGGCAUGGGCCGGGCUGGUGGGCUCGCUGGUUGUGGGCCACUUCCGCGACCCCGGGCUCUGGUCGAGGUUUGUGAUUACUGCCGGAAUGCGGGCGCUGUACGCGGGAAGGACUAGCUUUGUCAACGAGCCGCUGCUUGUUAUUGUGGAGAGCCUCUCGCGGUGGGCCGGAGUUUGGCUGGCGUGUGCGCCGGCCAGGGUUGCGCAGCAUGCAGACGAGCGGCUCUCUGUGACGGCACUGUUUGCGGUGAUGGCUUUCAGCACAGUCGUGGUGGGCGUCCUUGCGUGGGUGUUCCACCGUGGUCUUGUGCGUCGCGCGGGCGGCGUACUCGGCGUGCAGUGGGUUGACGACGUGGUCUUUGUGUUGGCCGCCGCUCUCUUUCUGUACCUGCUCCCGUGGGCGGCGUCUGUGGCGCUUGUCUCGAUUCGGUAUGACGGGGUGUGGUCGACGGUGGUCGGCGUUGUUGUGCUCGUCUUUGGAUUCUCUGUCAACCGCGGAGUGUUCAUCGCGCGGAAGCGGGUGAAUGUAGUGGUUGGCGCAGCGCUUGGCGUGGCGACGACGCUCUACCUGACACCGCUGUGUGUGGCGAUGUUUAUGGGCGGCCCGUCGCAGCCGGGCGACUGGGGUACUGGGUCGCUUGUGGCGCUGUUCAUGGUUGCGGUGCUGUGCAGUGCGGGCGUGGAGAGCCUUUUGUGGGCAACUGCAUCUGCGGUGGAACACGCACGAGCGAAUCAUCUGCGCGAUCUCAACAUGGUUGGGUUUGUGUGGGAGGUGCUCAACGUUCGAAACGAGGUUGGCCUCUCGCUGUGGUGGGCGAUGGCGUGCGUGCAGGUGGGAACGACAUGCGCCGGACUCGCUCUUGUGCACCAGAUCGGAUAUGGUAAGUGGAGCGCUGACUCGUUUGGCCUUGCUGGCCUUUGGCUGGCGUGGAUUGUGCCUGCAGCGGCGAUGAACUGGCUUGCCUUUGUGCGGACGAUUCGUCGCAACUGGAAGCAGUGGAAGAUGCGGCGGCUGAAUGCCCGGAUGCGCAACGGGAGCGUGGCGAUUAGUGAGACCGUCGUGACGCGCAAGGCGAGCGGGAUUGAGCUGGAUGCAUUCACGGCAGAGACCGAGGCGUACGCGGCGCACUUUGGCGGCGGCGGCGGUGUUGUCGAGCAUACACCCGAGCCGGAAGUUAUGAGCGCAACAGUCGCCCCGCCAGCUGCUAUACCUGCUGUUGUGCCGCCUGCAGCAGCUGUUGCGGCGGCGUCGUCAGAGGUGGCGAUGACACCAGCACAGGUGCAAGCGAUGCAGUCAUGCAUCGCGCUUGUGAUGGACCUGGGUUCUCAGGCGGCAGACGCCGAUGAGCGGUACGAGGUGAUGAUGAAGAAUACGGCGCUGCACUUUUGGCACCGGUUCCUCUCCAAGUACUGCCAUGCGUACGCGGACGAGCUGCAGAUGGACGAGAGCGCAGUGGAGGGCGCGGCGGCGAACGCAGCACACGUGCGACACGUGGACUACAUGUCGCUCUUGCCAGAGCUGCGGCGGCGCCUGCCGGUCCACGGCGUACGUGCACCUCCGGCAGCGCCUCCGGUUGCACCAUCGGCGGCGCCAUCGGCUACUGCCGUGGCAAGCGCGGCGGCUGCGGCAGGCACGACCGACAAGGCGACACGAUUGGCACCAGGCGUACCCGCGGCCAGCACCGAUGCACCGAGUGUGAUGGCAGACAUUGCGGCUGCGGCGGCCAAGGCGCGCGUGGAAAAGGGCGAACUCCACGUGGGCUCGUCGGACGAUCUGUCCUACGCGUCGUCAUCGUCAUCAUCCGACCCCGAGGAGAGCGAGAAUGCGAAGCGGCUUCGGCGGCUGCGCAAGCUUGCCCGCAAGAAAAGCAUGCGGUAUCCAGACAAGGACCGACCGGACGUGUGGAUGGCUGAAGGCCAGUCGCGCCGGCUGUGACGGCCACCUCAGCUGGCAGCAAUCGUAGUGGUGGUGCGAUCGAUACCAUCGCGCUGAGCAAGCCCGAGGACGACCAGAACGCUGACCACAUCAUAAAGUCUGCACAAAAUGC